AUGACUUUGUUCCCCACCAAGUUUGAAAAUGGGAAGAUUGAGUACAAGAUAAGGUACAAGGGGAGAUCAAGGCCAUUCUCUAGAGCCAAGGCCUUGGUGACUUCAGAACAGUCCAGGGACCCAACCAAGCUAAAGGAGCUUCUGUCUCAAGUCCUCACUAUCACCCUUGAUGGUGACAAAGGAGCCAGCUCGACCGACAGCUCGAUCGAGCUAGAAACAGGGCAACUCGAUCGAGUUCCACAACUCGACCAAGGUACUUUAGAAGAAAACACAGUAACAAGGAUGACAAACAGUGAGGGAAGUCGCGCUUCACAGAGGAGAAUGGUUGAGGGUGAAUCAAGCAAUGCAAGGGAAAGAAGGCUUAAGAUGCAAGCCGAUUUGGAGAGGAUGAUCAAGAGGAUGGAGUCUGAUGCAGAGGAUAUUGAGAGUGAGCAAGGGGAGUUUGAGAUUGGAGUGAACCUUGUUCAAGAGGAGGGAAAUGGCUCUCCAAGUGAAGAAGGAAGUGAUGAGACUGAGAGUGAAGAGGAAGGAGAAGAGGUGAAUCAGUUGGUUGAUGAGAGUGAGCAGAGAGUAACCAAGAUGAACCUAUGGAGGAGGUUGAGCCACAAGCAAGAGGAGGAAGAAGAACUCCCUAUGUACCAAGAGCACUACAAUGCUCUCUUCUCCAUGGACUUUGUGGAGACCAAGUACCCACACAUGAUACAAUGA